AUGAAUUCUACCCCUAGGCCACAGAUUUCUGAGUGGGUCAUCGGCACCUGGAUUAUGAACCAGAGACAAUUCCUGGAACACGCCCGCAACAUGGAAGCCCAGCAGUGGAAAGCUUGCUACGAACACAAAGCCACAGACUCAGCUGGCUCACGAAUGGGAAUCCUAGGUUAUGGCUGCAUCGGCCGCCAGUGUGCACGGGUUGCCAGCGCCAUGGGCAUGGAGGUUUACGCAUUCACGCGGACAGAACGCCUUACACCAGAGUCUCGCAAGGAUUCAAGCUACUGUGUGCCCGGAACCGGAGACCCUGAUGGCUUGAUCCCCGCCAAGUGGUUUCAUGGCUCGAGUAGGGCAGAUAUUGAUGACUUCUUGGAUCAGAAACUCGACAUUUUGGUUGUUUGCUUGCCACUGACUCAAGAAACGAGCGGUGUCAUUUCUUACUCUCAGUUCAAGAUUCUGAGCAAGAACAGGACCUUUCUGUCUAAUGUUGGACGUGGAAAGCAUGUCGAUACUGAAGCUCUGAUAGAGGCUUUGCAGAAUGGUCAGAUUCGAGGGGCAGCACUUGAUGUUACUGACCCCGAGCCAUUGCCUUCGGAUCAUCCGCUGUGGAAGGCACCGAACGUGUUUAUAACACCUCACAACAGUUGGCACUCUACUAUGUACUGGCCAAGGGUUUUGGAAAUACUCGGAACAAAUCUUGAGCGGUUAGAAACGGGGAGACCAUUGGUAAAUGCUGUGAAGAAAUCCAGUCACUCGGGAUAA